CGAAAUGUUCUCCCAGCACGGUAGGAGGGCUUCUCGUGCCUGCGUCUCUUGUCACCAACGCAAAUUGCGCUGCGACGCUUCAUUUCGCGGGUGUCCGUGUACAAGGUGUCUCCAAGACGGCAAAGAGACGUGCAUUCUUCGAGAGAAGCUUCCUCGAUUCUCGAGGAAUUUCUACCAGAAUGCCCUUACCGGCUCGCCGACUUCAGACGAGCGGCCGACGCGGCGCGCUGACGACGCGCAUACAAGAGAUGCAACCCCACCAGGCAGCGUCGACUUUUCGCGGUACUCAUUCCUCGAGUUGAAUAAUCUUCAAGCACUGGACAAAGAGGACGUUUCCUAUCUGCGGUCCAAAGGGUGUUUCUCUUUACCUGAGCAGCCGGCCCUCGAUGAAUUCAUUACAAAAUUCUUCCUGCACACACACCCUCAGACUCCAGUUCUGGACGAAGCGAAAUUCUGGCGCGUAUACUUGCAACGGGACGGGCCUAUACAAAGUUCCGACCAGAAAAUAUCGCUCUUUGUCUUUCAUGCAAUGCUGUUCAUGGCGUGUUCCGAUGUGUCUCUCGAAACUAUUCAGAAAUGUGGCUUUACCGAUAAAGAGACUGCAAGGGCAUCGUUUUAUAAGCGGGCUAAGCUGUUAUUUGACCUACGCGCCGAAAACUCCCCUCUGAAUAAGGCACAAGGGUCGGUCCUCCUCUCGCAUCAGGUCUCGCCAGACGAUCCCCAGACAGGCAGCCUAUGGCUUGUCUAUGCCACACAAAACACUGUAAUCCUUGGGCAGCAACCCGUUUCUUUCGCCGGUGACCUGCGGGAUGCGAUGAAGAAACGAUUAUGGUGGUCAAUUCUCCUCCGAGACAGGUGCCUCUGCCUUGGGUUGCGCCGUCGCACACAGAUUACCUCGAAGCAUUUCAACGCGGAGACAAGCUAUUUAGAAGAAGCGGACUUUGCCGAUGAGAUCUCCCAUUCUCACGUGUACGAUAAGGAGUCGAAGCAAAUACUUUUCGAGACCCUGCAACACCAGUGUCGCCUGGCGGUCUUGGUGACCGACAUGGCAACCUUCAUGUUUACGACAAAUGGUGUAUCUUCACCUUCUCUCUCGUUCAAGGCCUUUCAGUCGCACCGAUGCGAAAUUAAGCGAUUAAGGAACGAACUUCUUCAGUGGGAGCGAAGAUUUGCCCCACCACAAACGCUACCCAACGGCUCCAUCCUGCCCUCCCCGGUCACGACAUUUAUCAAAGUGACUUAUAUGUACUAUUACGCUGCACAAUCUAACCUAGCCCACUAUGAAGCACUCAUUGUAGAAAGCCAUGCAGACUUUGCCGGGAAGAGCUACACGAACCAGUUAUGCGAAUGUGGAAGCUAUCUCAAGGAUGCGGUGGGCAGCUUGACCGAAACAAUGGAGUAUUUCAGCGACGUCCAGAAUGUUGAAAAUAUUCCGCUCUGCACUCUCGCUUUUGUCGCGACGCCCUUGGUUAAUGCCGCACUCGACGCGAAGCUUGCACGAUCAUACGAGGACAUGGCCCUGCGAAGACGACACGUCGAUUUGUUAGCAGACAUAUAUCGUCGAUUAGCGCUUCUGUACAAUGUAACAAACUAUGUCGCCGUUGGAACAAACCAGAUCCUCAAGCUGGUAUACAGCCUCUCUCAAGAAGUGUUGCUUCGUGAGAAUCGGUCGCACCUCCCUGGUGCUGGUGGCCCUUCCGCUCAAAUGGCAAAGAGUGCGAACAUGAACCACAGCCUCAAGCUUGGUGCCGGAAACCGGUUGGCCACCUGGCCAGAUCUUUGGAUCUGCUACCCCAGGGCGUAUCUUUUGAUCUCUACCUCGGUCGACUACAGCCUUUCUGUAGGCCGGCUACCGCAUGACAACGACAUUCCCGAGUUUCUUCUAAAUACACCACCGGAUACUCCAAAGGUCAGGCUUCCUUGGAUGACAAAGACGGACUUGAUCAACCCUUCCGACGCUACAGGGGCAGACUUUUGGUGUCCCUCCUACUGCCCGCCCACUCGGCCACUGUCUAUCAUUCGACCCCAGACUGAUGCGAUGCCCAUGCCCAGCGCCAUUGCAGGCGGCCCUCUUGUGGGAAUGGCCAAGCCUCCUCUGCAGGUCCCGACGUUACCCGGAGCACUCUGGCAGGAUGGAGCUGUGUAUGGGAACGUGUACAAUUAUCAAACUACGCCCGUGACAUUUGACCAAGGACCUAUCAACCUUGACUUCUUGAACCAGAUGCCUCCCAUGGCAGUACCAUUCUUCCCACCCACACCUAACCAGGUGGUAUCAUAUGACCAAAUGGGACAUUCUGGUAGUAUUCCCACCACUAUUGUGGGAAACGAGUUGAACCAGCCAGGUGACUUUGGCCAAGUAUACAUGAGAGACGACGAGAACCAAGCAUCUAACAUGUGGGUACUUGACUACUAUAAUGAGACGGCCGGAAACGGCCAAUCUAUGCUCUAUUCCCUGACGUAUCCACACCCCGCCAACGAGUCCAAUGACGACCAGACCGACAGCAACGACGGCUCGGUUUACGGGGUAGCCCAAGCCCCUGACAUGCCCUAG